AUGGAGGAGAGACCAGAAACAGAACUGAUAUCAAUACCUGCGACACCAAGAGUGUCCACACCUGAGAUUCUGACACCAUCAGGACAAAGGUCACCAAGACAAGGCUCAAAGGAAGCUAAAUCAUCAAAUGCAUGGACACCAACAUCUUUUAUUUCGCCGAGGUUUUUGAGUCCUAUAGGGACACCAAUGAAAAGGGUUCUUAUAAAUAUGAAGGGUUAUUUGGAGGAAGUUGGUCAUUUGACAAAGCUUAACCCUCAAGAUGCUUGGCUUCCAAUCACUGAGUCUCGUAAUGGAAAUGCUCAUUACUCUACUUUUCAUAACCUCAAUGCUGGUGUUGGUUUUCAGGCCCUUGUUUUGCCUGUGGCCUUUGCUUAUCUUGGCUGGAGUUGGGGAAUUAUUUCCCUAACCGUGGCGUAUUGUUGGCAACUUUACACCUUAUGGAUUUUGGUUCAGUUGCAUGAGGCAGUUCCAGGUAAAAGGUACAACAGAUAUGUGGAGCUAGCACAAGCAGCAUUUGGAGAAAGAUUAGGAGUAUGGCUUGCACUUUUCCCGACUGUUUAUUUAUCAGCAGGAACUGCAACUGCGUUGAUUCUUGUCGGAGGGGAAACCAUGAAACUGUUUUUCCAAAUAGUUUGUGGUCCAACAUGCACCUCAAAUCCUUUAACCACAGUGGAGUGGUACCUUGUUUUCACUUCUCUAUCUAUCGUUCUUUCUCAGCUUCCGAACCUCAAUUCAAUUGCAGGACUUUCGCUAAUAGGGGCUGUUACAGCCAUUACUUACUCCACCAUGGUUUGGGUUCUUUCCGUGAGCCAACAAAGGCCGCCCUCUAUCUCUUACGAACCUUUAUCACUGGCUUCGCCUUCGUCUUCAUUAUUUCUAGCAUUGAAUGCACUUGGAAUUGUAGCAUUUUCUUUCAGAGGACACAAUUUGGUCCUAGAAAUUCAGGCCACAAUGCCUUCGACGUUUAAGCACCCGGCUCGUGUGCCUAUGUGGAAAGGAGCCAAGGUUGCUUAUUUCUUCAUUGCAAUGUGCCUAUUCCCUAUGGCUAUUGGAGGCUUUUGGGCCUAUGGGAACCAAAUGCCUAAUGGAGGGAUUCUGACAGCUCUAUAUGCGUUCCACAGUCAUGACAUUUCAAGAGGAAUUCUAGCCUUAACUUUCCUUCUUGUAGUGUUCAGCUGUUUGAGCAGUUUUCAGAUAUACUCAAUGCCUGCUUUUGACAGUUUUGAAGCCGGAUACACCAGUCGAACGAACCGUCCUUGCUCGAUAUGGGUUCGGUCAGGUUUUAGAGUUUUCUUCGGAUUUGUGUCCUUUUUCAUAGGAGUGGCACUUCCUUUCCUCUCGAGUCUCGCUGGUUUGUUAGGAGGACUCACUCUUCCGGUCACUUUUGCAUAUCCUUGCUUCAUGUGGGUUCUCAUUAAGCAGCCGACGAAAUAUAGCUUCAGUUGGUAUUUCAAUUGGAUUCUUGGUUGGUUAGGAGUUGCUUUUAGCUUGGCCUUUUCUAUUGGAGGCAUUUGGAGCAUGGUUAAUGAUGGACUCAAAUUGAAAUUCUUCAAGCCGAAUUAA